GAGGUUCCUCCAUUACUAGUUCUAUUUGAUGCCCAAGACUCAAGUAGUAUUCUAAUUGAAGAGCAUCACCCUAACGUCACCACGUGUGAGCUCGCUUGUGAAUACAUGGACGGAUCUUUAUUUUGUUGUGACUCUUCUUUUUGUCCUCAUUGCGGAUCAAUUUUACCUUUACCAAACAGUAAAAAGCCCAUAGUCUGCCCACUUUGUUCUUUUAAACAAGAUACCUCUGCAUAUGAAAAUAAAGUCGAGUACACUGUCAAGUAUUUUUCUCUGGCCAAGAAAAGAGAUAAAGGUGUGCAGGAAAGCUCUGGUGAUGGACCUCUGGCUGAUCGUAAAUGUCCACAAUGUGGUAAUGAUGAAAUGACAUAUACUACUCAACAAACUCGCUCAGCUGAUGAAGGGCAAACAGUUUUUUAUACAUGUCCUAAGUGCAAGUUUAAGGAGACUGAAAACUCUUAGCAUUGGGAUACUUUUCUGUAUUUUUUGUUUCAGUCAUGUUAUUGUGUGAACUAAGAAUAACUCUUAAUUGAUGUUUAGAUUUCAAAUAGAAUACCAUACUAGA